AUGGCGAGAAGCCGCAGACCUCCAGGCAUAUCUUUGCUGGCCAUGUUCUUGGCUGCAACGUUAUUCGCUGCUGCCCUCUACGUGCCAAGCCAGGCUUUCGUGGUGGGUGGUGCUGGCACGGGCGGAGUGACCAUGCAGCCAUUGAAAGGCUCAACGGCUUCUGCCGCACCCCGUCAGUCUUUCGGCCCGGAGCCGCUGGUGGCCUCGGCAUUGCGAAGCCUUGGUUCAGUGCUCUUCCUGGGAGGGCUGGCGGCCACCUUCCGGGUCAGAGCACCAUCAGGCUCCCGAUUGAGAAACAAGGUGAAGGCGACUGUGCAGCUGCAGUCGGCACGGGCUGUCUGCAGCUUUGAGGGACCCCCCUGUGGUGCUUCUUUGCACUCCUUGGCCGAUGAAAAGGAUGUGGAGGGGGAGUGUGCCGAGUGUGCUGAAACCGUGAAUGUGUGGCCAGAGAUGUUGCCAUUUUGCCAAGCCCCGGAGCCAGCGACUCCAGCGACGCCAGCGACUCCAGCGACUCCAGCGACUAUGACUACUACGAGGACUUCCGUGGGCCGCACGGCUGUGAAGGCGCGCCUGGUUCAAGGCGUGCGCUUCCGCCCUGCCCGCUUCGUCGGGAAUGCUCCUUUCGUCAGCCAAACAAAGCAGCGGCGUAGAACGGGAGCCAGACUACGGGCUGUGAGCACCAUGUAUGAGAUGCCACCCAUGUCUUUCGACGCCAGCCGUGUCCGUAUCCCAAUACAGAUUGGGCUCAGCACGAAUCCGCGUCCUCGCACCCCGAAGGCCAGAAGCCAGCCUGUGAAGGAAUCAGGCGAAAGGAUGGUCUCAGCGGCGGAACUAUUGAGAGCAAGCUACAUGUGCGAAGAACGAGAAACACUGGACAUUCCAUCCUUAGCCUGUGAAGCUCGUCUUCUCGCUUCGGCGCUGGGGCGCAGGAGAUGUGGCAGCAUCUCGAUGACCCGGGAGUGUGCGUCAGGCCGGCCGAGGUUGACCUGGUGCAAGGUGCUCCCCUGA